AUGCCGGUUUGGAAUUUAAGUGAAGCACGAGGACGGAUGAUCAGUGAAGCAGAAGUUCGUCUUCAAUAUGGUGAUCAUCCGACCAUGUUUUGCAUGCUAUUAAACCAUGGUGGAAAGUUUACUGAUUUUCCUGGAAGGAAGUAUGUAAACGGAAAGAGACAUUACGUUGAGUUAAUAGACAUCGAGACUUUUUGUGUUCACGAUAUUGAUGACAUGAUGGUGAAACUUGGGUAUAUCGAUGAAAAUCUACAUGUGGAGAUGUACUAUCAUUUUCGAAGGCGACUGUGCGAUUUGGAUUCUGGCUUGUUUUCUUUAGCUUCAGAUGAUGAUGUAAGGCAUUUAGCAAAAUAUGUUGGCCAGCAUAAGCUAAUAGAGGUGUAUACAUAG